AUGACCCAAGAACAGCAGCUAGCACAUAGAAGAAACAAAUCGGAAAAAAGACAAGCCUGUCAUAAGUGUCAGUUAGCAACUAAUAAUAGUAAUAUUAUAGGAAAGGAGAAUACCAAUCGAGACGAACAAAUAAAUAGAGAAGACAACAUAAAUAAAAAAAAUGAAGUAUCACCUGCUUGUCAACUUACUGAUGAUGAUCACAAUCUUCUCAAAAAAUUCCAUGAUGCAGUUGCAGAACUCAAAUAUAAUUAUUGUCCUAUAUGUAAAGAAUUCUUUUUUUCAAUUCCAUUAAAUUAUAAAACUGGCAAUUGUGAUAGAUGUAGUAGAGACAAAUUAAUACAAAAAAGGUUUUCACUAGAAAAUAAUAAGGAUUCAG